UCCGAUUACAACUUGUAAACUUCCGGUCAAAUUUGGAAAACGUGUUGUGCACCUUAAACACAAAACUACACCAAAAUAUUUAAUUUUAAGUUAAGAUGGAAGGUGAUGUUGAAAAAGCAACUACGUUACUUAAAGACAUUCAUCAAAAGUGUCGUGAUUUUUCAAACCACAUAAAUGACUUGUGCACCAAGGCCAAAAAUGGAGAGUUUAACACUUCAAAGGGUAUCAGCUUCCUGGAGGUGAAGUACCAGCUCUUGUUGAGUUACCUUGUCAAUCUGACGUACCUCCUGCUGCAGAAGGCUCGGGGACAGAGCAUCAACGGAGAUAGGGCCGUACUUAGGCUCGUGGAGAUCAGAACAGUGCUGGAGAAGAUGCGACCGAUUGACCAGAAGUUGAAAUACCAGGUGGAUAAGGUGGUCAGACUUGCCGCCACUGGUGGGGCAGGCUCUAAUGAUCCAAUGAGAUUCAAGGCAAACCCUGACAGUCUCCAAAGCAAGUUGGAGGAUGAAUCUGGCAGUGGUAGUGGGUCGGAGGAAGAAGAAGACAAAAGCAAGGUGUACAAACCACCAAAACUGGCUGCAGUACACUACGAUGGAGAUGAGACAAUGUUGGAGAAGAAACAGCGCCAGGUGGAUCACCUCCGUAAACGUGCCCUAAACAGCGACAUUCUGCAGGAUCUCCGUGAACAGUAUGAUGAGGGGCCACAGGAGAUCAGGGAAACGCACGAUAUGCACAGACUCAAGGAAAACAAAAGAGCUAAAGAGAAAACUAGAUAUGAGGAAGACAACUUCCUGAGAUUACCUACGAUGAAGAAGGAUCAGCAAACUCGGCAGCAUGUGGCUACCAUAUCUUCUCUCAACACCCUGACACACUUUGGCAGCAUCAGCGCUCUGGAUAUGGAGGAUGGCGAUCAUAGUGGUGUCCCCAACAAACGAAGGAAAGCUGAAAAGUCAAAAGGAAAAAGCAAGAAAAAGGGAAAAAAGGGUUUCAAGAGGAAGAAGCGACACUGAGCCGAAUCGUUAUGAUGAAUUUAAGGACUUAAUAAAUUUGUUUAUGGGAGAUAUGAGUGCAUUGACACUGUCAUCAGGAAAUGUGAACUUAAGAAAAGUACUGAUGUCUAUCAUGGACGGCACGUCUAUAGUUUACAGUGUUAUACAGUGUGAAUUAGUCAACAAUAAACAUGUAGGGUUUUAGCUUAUGAGUUUUGGAAGGGUGCUGCAUUCUGUCCUUUUCAGGGAUGUAAUUUGUCUGUGGUUGCGGAAGUCCACAGAACAGGGCCCCAGGGACCCCUCUAAAAAAGGACCCCCCCCCCCCCCCCAAUUUUAUUUUUUUUGAAAAAAUCGAAAUAUAUAUAUGUUUUUUUAAGCUGAUAAAAAAGUUAUUUGGGUUCUUUCGGUUGUUUAUGAUGUUCCAGUUUGCUUUAAAUUUGGAGAGGGUAGGACCCUCAAAAGAGCUUCAAAAAAACAGUUUUUCUUCUUUGGCAGUGUGCUUUUGACUCAAAAGCGCCCCAAGAACCCAUGGCCGAAUGGUUUCAGCCCUCCAGCUGCCAGGUCAAUCUCAUCCCUGCUUUUUGCUAGCACCAUUUUGCCCUCAUAGACACCAGCAUGGGCACCCUCCUACCGAUUGGCAUAGAAUUAAAUGCUUCAGAUAGUCUAAUAUUUCUUUUGAUUUUAAUAAAACUUAUAUAUGAUUAUAAACACAUACAAAUUAGACACAUUUGACAGUUGAAACCUAAUAUUGCUUUAAUUGGGCACUAUUGUUUAAGUGAUACUCAUAUUUAAUAUUUUACAUUUUAUAAUAUACAUUAAAGUUGAGUAAUAAACUUUUAAUUACUUUCUAAAUAAUGCAUUUAUGGAAAAUUUUAAUUACUGAUAACAAGAUUGUAACUGUGCUUUUUAUUGCUGAAAAUGCACAAAUAUUAAAAGACUGCAGGGUCCUUAAAAGCUAUACAAUAAUCAACCAUCUUCUCAUAAAGUAGAAAUACCAUGUUUUCUGCACCUUUUUCCGUCAUAAGAACCAUGGUUUUAGAUGUUUAUUCUUCCUUUUUGAUUAAUCAAAACAAUGGCAAUAAUUGUGCAACUGCUUAUUUGGGAGUUAGAGUGCAUCUUGAACAAUUUCUGUGAAACUCAUAUGGUUCAAAUUCUGUGCCCAUUUGUUUCUUAGCACCCUGUAACUUUUCUGCAGCACCCUGUCCUUUUUAAUCUCCGGCUAACACUGUAAGUCUUCCUUAUUGUUACAGUAUCGAUGUCUGCCCUAAACGUUAUAUAAAUUCAAUUUGAAAGUAUUGGUACUAAGGUUUAAGUUAAUUGUACUUGUGUCAGGAAAUUAAUAUCAAAACAUGUGAAAGUGUGUUAAGGUCUUUAUGAUAAAGAUCGCAUAGUUGGUUUGUACUUGGUUUUUAAAGUAACAUCCUGUUAGAUCUUGAAAGCGAAAAUGAAAUGAAAUUCCUUAAAAUUUAAAAUAGAUAUAUCAAAAAAAAAUAUCUUGUGAUAUGGCUUGUAAUUAUUUUUUUGAAUGGGAUUUGCUCAUGUUUGGCACCAAAAAUUAGUUUUCCCGGUAAUGCAUGGGAAAACACUUAUAUUGUAGUUAGUUAACUCUUUGAUACUGAAAUUGCAAUUCAACAAAAUUCAAACAAUUCAAGUUUAAAAAGAAAAUCGUGGAGGUCAGCUGGUAUAGUCGAGAAAAAAUGAGAACCGAGAACCACUUGGCCACAUGGACUUAUACAUAACCUUAUUGGAUAUUUUAACAUUCAUUAAAUACCUUGAAAGCAUCAUGUGAUAAUGUCAAUCAACCAAUCACGCUACAGCCUUUUGCUAAAAUACGUUAGCAAUGGUUUUGAAAAUCGUGGACUUCAAAGAUCAUAUUUGAGCAUAAAUGAACAUUUGUUGAAGGGUUCCAGCUGUCAGUUUCUUAGUUUUAACACUCCUAAUAAUUUGACUGACUUGAUUUCAUAUUUAAAAAAAAUCUAAAAAGUGCAUUUUACAAAUUAUGAGUGAGUCCCUUUUAUUGUUUUCAACAAAUUUAUUUACAUUGCACACAUUCCUAAAAUACAAUCAAGGGUGAGAGUGUUAAAGCUGCACUCUCAUAGAUUGAAUGUUUUGCAAUUUUUAUCCCCCGCCUAUGAAAUAGGGAGGGGGAUAUUGAAAUGGCGUUGUCCGUCUGUCCUUCCGUCCGUCCGUCUUUCCUUCCGUCCGUCCUUCCUUCCGUCCGUCACCUGCGUUUUCUCAGUAACUAGCCGGUAGAAUUUCAUGAAACUUAAAAUAAAUAUGAACCAAUAUACUGGAAUGAUGCCCGUCCAGAAAAAAAUUUGAUUGGUCAAUUGUCCUUGGAGUUAUUGCCCUUGAUUUUUUGAAAAAUGCACAUUCACAGCCAUUUCUCAGUCACUAGCUGGCAGAAUUUCAUGAAACUUAAAAUAAAUAUGAAUUACUAUACUGGGAUGAUGCCUGUUCAAUUUUUUUUUGGAUUGGUCAAUUGUACUUGGAGUUAUUGCCCUUGAUUUUUUGAAAAACUCAUUUACAGCCAUUUCUCAGUAACUAGUUGGUAGAAAUUCUUGAAACUUGAAAUAAAUAUGAACCAACAUACUGCGAUGAUGCCUGUUUAUUUAUAUUUUGGAUUGUGUAAUUUCUAUAUGAGUUAUUUGCCCUUGAUUUAUUAAAAGAUCCAUGUUUGCAGCCUUUUCUAUGCAACUAGCUGGUAGAAUUUCAUGACACUUGGAAUAAAUAAGAACCAACAUACUGUGAUGAUGCCUGUCUAUUUUUCUUUUGGAUUGGUCAAUUUUCCUUAGAGUUAUUGCCCUUGAUUUAUUAAAAAAUCAUUGUUUGCAGCCGUUUCUCAGUAACUAGCUGCUAGAAUUUAAUGAAACUUUAAUGUUAUAUGAACCAACAUCCUGCGAUGAACUUCUUCGGUGAAUUUCUACGGCUACAUUUUUAUCUCAACUAUUGAGUACGCUCUCAACAACGGAGUACGACUACACUUGACAGUCAAUGGAAAACAAUGAUUGAUGUUUCUGAGUAAGCAGUUUCGGAAAAGACAGUUUUAUUUAAUCAUCCCUCUGAUUUAUUUCGUUAAAAUUUUUUAUCAUAAAGUAGUCCUGGUCGAUAUUUUAUAAUUUGGCUCGGAAAGGGAUAAACCAAUGUGCUUAUCUUAGUCUUUCUGAGAUUUUUUUUAACCUUCAAACACAAACAAGCCAUCAAGCACAAACAAGCCAUCGUUGGCGGCGGAUAUCUUUUCACUGAAAAUGCUUGUUUUAUAUAUAUUGUUUUGGAACGAGCCAAUUUUUGCGAAAAUGCAUGGAAAUGAGUGAUAUAGGACUGCUGACAAAAUAUCAGAUUGCAGGACUUCAUAUUUAUGAUCUAAAAUUGUUGUUUUAUGCAUUUUUCUUUAAGUGUUAGUGACACUUUUAGCCAUAAUUCAUUAAUUUUCGAACGUAAAUAUUAAAAACUGCAAUCAUGUUCUUUUGUCAGCAGUCUUUUAUCACUGGUUUUCAGGUAUUUACGCCAAAAUUGGCUCAUUCCAAGACAAAAAAAAAGUUGUCAAAAUCAUAAAUCUGUGAGGGAGCAGCUUUAAAGAUUUUUGACUCUUUUCACCUGAGAGUUGGUGGGUUCCAUCCCCACUACGGCAACUUUCUCAUGGACUCUCAAAAUUGAUAUCAGUAUUGAUAUCUAUAUGCAUAAAACAGACUCCAGCGCCAUUCUAUAAUAAUAAGCUGUUGGCAUUCGUCACACUUUUGCCUUUCAUCACAAUUAAGCAAGAAGAAGUUAGUAUAACCUAAUUAAAACCAUCGCAGACUGUUUAAUCAACUAUGUGUAUAAAUUAUACACAUUUGCUACUGACAAAGCCAUUUUUGACUGAAAUUAUAAAAAGUAAAAAAAUAAUAAUUAGAACCGAUUUUAUAGCUAUUUUCUGUUACUGAAAUCACCUCGGCCUGGUCAAAAUCGGUAACAACAGGCAGAUUAUAGCAGCCUCAUGAAUAAUGGUUUGUGCAAGAUUUUGAACUCUACUUAGUGCAGUUUGACAUAAUGUCUCCUUAAAGGUUUUUAUGUAACGAUUUAAGUGACAAGUACUAAUUUGCAAUUGUUUCAAAUUUAUGAGGUUCCAUAGGUCAUGCAUUGUAAACACUUCAAUCGUUCAAUAUAAUCGGGAAAUGGGUUUUGCUGUAUUAAUUUCCUUUCGAUUUAUGUUUGUUUGUUUUUCAAUAGUGCAUUGUCUAUUGAAGUGGAGAUUUAAUUCCUCAGAUUAAAGUUCUCUGAAUUUUGA